CUUGGGCCGCCGUCCCCGCGGCCUGAGCGCGGCCCUCGCUGCGAGUGGGGGGCGUGGGCCCCAAUCUCGUCUGGCCACUCUCCCCACCWUACUCGGCGACUGCCUCGACUGCGCGUCCAGACUGGCGGACGCGCUGGAUGCGGCGGGGUUCAGGCGGGUGUCGCGGCGGCAGCGGCCCCGGGAGACAUGUACCUGCUGGACGGCAGCGGCGAGCACGCGUCGCCGCCCGCGGACGCGAUGCCGCGCGGGACGCCCCCCAGGAAGACUGUCUACCGCAUCUCGGUGACCAUGGUCAGAAAGGAGCAGCUCCGGGAGCCGGGCUCCAGUGGCCCCGGCCCGCGUCUGGCACCGCGACCCCGGCCCGCGCGUUCCCCGGACGCACCCGGGCGGCUCCUGGAAGAGGCCGAGGAGGCUGCGGGCACUGAGGACCUGGAGGGGCUCCAGUCGCGCGCCUGGGACUUCCGUACCUUCCGCACCCGCAGCACUGGGCAGCUGGAGCUCGGGAGGCUCCGGCCAUGCUCAAGCGGCCCCGAGUCUGCGGCCCUGGCGGGCAGUCCCCAGGCCUUGGAGGGGUCCGGCUCUCCAGAGCCCUGCAGCCCCGAUAUGGAGGGGCCCCGGGCCGCGCCCCUGCGACGUAGUCUCAGCUUCAGGGACUGGAGCGGGUCUGAGGCACCUCGGAGCCCGGCCCUGAGCAGCGGGAGGCGCCACAGCAGCUCCGGAAGCCUCGCAUGGCCGCUGGGCGACGAGGCCGAGGCUGGCCUUGAGGCCGCCCUGGAACCCGCCACCGCUGCACAGCCAGCCUCGGAGAAACGCAAUACCCUGGAUGUCGGCGAGGUGCUCAGCAAGAACGAUGCGCUCUCSGACCUGGAGCGCUGGGAGCGCAGUAAGAGCAAGAACCGCACGCUGGACAACAGCGACCUGCAGCGGCUGGAGCGCGCGCGGGCCGCGGCUGCGGGGCCCGGAGCAGCCUCUGAGCACCGACUACUGCGUUUCUUCAGUGGCAUCUUCGCGCGUAGAGACGGCGGCCCUGGCAGCGGGCCCUCCCCUCGAAGCGGUGCCUCGCGAUCGCGUGGCUACUUCAGCAGCCUGCGGCGAGCCCCAGCGGAUGCACACUCGUCCAGCGCAGAGAGCAUCGAAGGCUCCCCUCGGAGAGAUGCCUUCGUGAACAGCCAGGAGUGGACGUUGAGUCGAUCGGUGCCAGAGCUCAAAGUGGGAAUCGUGGGGAACUUGGCCAGCGGCAAGUCCGCCCUGGUGCACCGGUACCUGACGGGCACAUACGUCCAGGAGGAGUCUCCGGAAGAUAUGGAUGCAGGUGGCAGGUUCAAGAAAGAGAUUGUCGUUGAUGGACAAAGCUAUCUGCUGCUGAUUAGAGAUGAAGGGGGCCCCCCAGAGGCACAGUUCGCUAUGUGGGUGGACGCUGUCAUAUUUGUCUUCAGCCUGGAGGACGAGAUCAGUUUCCAGACCGUGUACCACUACUACAGCCGGAUGGCCAACUACCGCAACACCAGCGAGGUGCCGCUCGUGCUGGUGGGGACCCAGGAUGCCAUCAGUUCCACGAACCCGCGGGUCAUCGAUGACGCCAGAGCGCGGAAGCUCUCCAACGACCUCAAGAGGUGCACAUACUACGAGACGUGUGCCACCUACGGGCUCAACGUGGAGCGGGUCUUUCAGGACGUUGCCCAGAAGAUUGUUGCCACAAGGAAGAAGCAGCAGCUGUCCAUCGGCCCCUGCAAGUCCCUGCCCAACUCUCCCAGCCACUCCUCUGUCUGUUCUGCACAGGUGUCUGCCGUGCACAUCAGCCAGACAAGUAAUGGCGGCGGGAGCCUAAGCGACUACUCCUCCUCUGUCCCGUCGACCCCAAGCACCAGCCAGAAGGAGCUUCGGAUCGAUGUGCCUCCCACUGCCAACACCCCGACACCCGUGCGGAAGCAGUCCAAGCGCCGGUCCAACCUCUUCACCUCUCGGAAAGGGAGCGACCCAGACAAAGAGAAGAAAGGCUUGGAGAGCCGCGCGGACAGCAUCGGGAGCGGCCGAGCCAUCCCAAUUAAACAGGGCAUGCUCUUAAAGCGAAGUGGCAAGUCACUGAACAAGGAGUGGAAGAAGAAAUACGUCACCCUGUGUGACAACGGCGUGCUGACCUAUCAUCCAAGUCUGCAUGAUUACAUGCAGAAUGUUCACGGUAAAGAGAUUGAUCUUCUGAGAACCACUGUGAAAGUCCCAGGGAAGAGGCCACCCCGAGCCACGUCGGCCUGCGCGCCCAUCUCCAGCCCCAAAACCAAUGGCCUGUCCAAGGACAUGAGCAGUUUACACAUCUCACCAAAUUCAGGGAAUGUCACUAGUGCGUCUGGGUCUCAGAUGGCAAGCGGCGUCAGCCUGGUCUCCUUCAACAGCCGACCCGACGGCAUGCACCAGCGCUCCUACUCAGUCUCCAGUGCCGACCAGUGGAGUGAGGCUACGGUCAUUGCAAACUCGGCCAUCAGCAGUGACACAGGACUGGGUGACUCCGUGUGCUCCAGCCCCAGUAUCUCCAGCUCCACCAGCCCCAAGCUCGACCCGCCCCCCUCCCCCCACGCCAACAGAAAGAAGCAUCGAAGGAAGAAAAGUACCAGCAACUUCAAAGCUGAUGGGCUCUCUGGCACUGCUGAAGAACAAGAAGAAAACUUUGAGUUUAUCAUUGUGUCCCUCACUGGCCAGACCUGGCACUUUGAAGCCACCACAUAUGAAGAACGAGAUGCGUGGGUCCAAGCCAUCGAGAGCCAGAUCCUAGCCAGCCUACAGUCCUGCGAGAGCAGCAAGAAUAAGUCCCGACUGACCAGCCAGAGUGAGGCCAUGGCCCUGCAGUCCAUCCGGAACAUCCGCGGGAACUCCCACUGCGUAGACUGCGACACCCAGAAUCCCAACUGGGCCAGUCUGAACUUGGGAGCCCUCAUGUGCAUCGAGUGCUCGGGCAUCCACCGGAAUCUGGGCACCCACCUCUCCCGGGUCCGGUCUCUGGACCUCGACGACUGGCCCAUCGAGCUGAUCAAGGUGAUGUCGUCCAUCGGGAACGAGCUGGCCAACAGCGUCUGGGAAGAGAGCAGCCAGGGGCGGACGAAGCCCUCCUUGGACUCCACGAGGGAGGAGAAGGAACGGUGGAUCCGGGCCAAAUAUGAGCAGAAACUCUUCCUGGCCCCACUGCCCUGUACUGAGCUGCCCCUGGGCCAGCACCUGCUGCGAGCCACCGCCGACGAGGACCUGAGGACAGUCAUCCUGCUGCUGGCACACGGCUCCCGGGAGGAGGUGAACGAGACCUGCGGGGAGGGCGACGGCCGCACGGCGCUGCACCUGGCCUGCCGCAAGGGCAACGUGGUGCUGGCACAGCUGCUCAUCUGGUACGGGGUGGACGUCAUGGCCCGCGACGCCCACGGGAACACGGCGCUGGCCUACGCCCGGCAGGCCUCCAGCCAGGAGUGCACCGAGGUGCUGCUGCAGUACGGCUGCCCCGACGAGCGCUUCGUGCUCAUGGCCACCCCCAACCUGUCCCGGAAGAACAAUAACCGGAACAACAGCAGCGGGAGGGUGCCCAGCAUCAUCUGAGAGCCGCGCCCCUGCCCACCACGCCGGGGACCCCGCCUCGCCGUCCGCUCUCGGAAGUCACAGCACGUGAGUCCUGUCACGUCCCCUCCCUCUUCCUGGUGGCCACCUCCCGCCCCACCACCCACUCACCCCCAGAAACCUCCCAACCCGGACCUCCUCGAGGGUGGAAGAAGAGGCCAGCAGGCUGCAGAGGCGGUUCCUUUCGACGGACUCCCGACGCCGCACGGGGGCGACCACGCCUCGGGUCCUUGACGAUAGCACACGGCGUGGGACCCCUGCCCCGGUGGCCCCUGGACAGAGCAGGGCACGAGGGACGAGGGCCGCGAGCGGGUGGGAGGUGAGGAGCGAGGAGCAGGGGCACCUCCCCWACUGGCAGUGAAGCACAGGAGUCCAUUUCACCUCCACCCAGCGCAGCGCCCGGAGCUCAUCUCUUCUCCGAGGAGCUUGACGGCAUAAAUCAGGAGCCAGCCCAGAGUUUGUCAGGUCUGAAGCCCCUAUGAUGGUAUGUGUCAAAUCAGUUGUAGCUAAUCUGUCCAGGGAGAAUACUGGCUUCAUUACGCUUGUAUAGUUGAGUUCUUCCAGCAUUACCGCUGUUUAAUAGGACAUGAUUACUCAUCACUGAGGAGAGAGCACAUUAGCCGAGGAGGUAGUCACGGGCACGCUCCGGUGAUUGCCGCGAUGUGAUUGCAAUACUCCGAGAAGCAUCGUAUUAUCCCAGGCAUGUUCUUUGGAGCCCUCGGAGCCCUCCUUUCUAAAUUCACUGUCAUAAUUUAGUAUCUGUUUAAUUUUUCAGUCCAAAGAGAGGAAAUCAGUUGCUGAGUAUUAUUUGACUGCAGUCUCCUUGGUGCAAAAACAAAAUGGAAAAAAUAAAUAAGAAUAACUUGGAAAUUCAAAAGGAAAUGGUGAAUCUAGCUGACAGCAGCGUCCUGAGUGCAUUUGGUAAACUAAGUAAAUACAUAAAAGGCUAUUUUUUUUUUUCCUGAAAGUGAGAGAGGUUUUCUGUCCUUUGGCCAAGGUGGAUGUGCCGGGCCUCAGUCACUCCCAGGCGGUGCGGCCUGCCUUACCCAGGCUUCUGUCUUAGGUCCUUAGGUAAGAUGUGUGAAAAUCUAUUUGAAUAAAAGAAGUUCAUAAAUAUGCAUUGAUUUUUGUACAGACAAAUGGCACCUCUGUUAAUUUAUAAAUUGAACUGGAUGUGAACUAAUAAUGUGCAACUAGUUGAGAUAAGAGGGUUACAGAUCAUUGUACAUGGAAAAUAUUCCCAGCAGUAAACACUUCCAUUAAUGUGAUAUACAGCCUUUAAAAAGGAACAGAUCAAAAUAAGAUGGUGGUACAAUUUGCUUAUUAAAAUCGAGAAAGGGAAGAAAAAAGACACUGGAUCGAGGUCUCGUAUUAGGAAGGGGGUGAAGGAGCAUGGCUUCUUCUUUGAAGGUGUGUUGUAGAUCUGAGACCACUCUUGCCCACCCAGAACAAGGAGCUCUGGCAGGACAGAGGGAUUUUCUGAACCCCAGACCCUGCUCUGUGGCAAAGGCGCCUGGGGAGCAGCUGCCCGUGGUGCCWGCCCCACCUGGGUCCAGAGAACCCCGGGCAGCAUGGCAUUUUACUAGUUUGCCAUCAUGGGGUCAUCGGGGGCUUCAGACUCAGGUCCCCUUCAAUGUGGUGGUCAAGGGCAGAAAAGCAAACCGGAUGCACCUUACAUUACGAAAGGGGCAGCUCUACCCGGAGCCCUGUGGCCACGUGGCCCGGAAGGAGGUUGUCACAUGGAAACACRGGGCGCUGGGCUGACAUAGCACAGGAACGUGAAGCCUCUUGGCUCAGCAGCCACAGGAGAAGUUCCUUGCUCUCAUAUAUUAAACCUUAUAUUUUGUAAGAGUUUUUCCUCUUCUUUCACUUUUUAAAAAAAAAAAAUAAAGUAGGUGGGGGAAAAUAAAGCUUUACACAGAAUUUAUAUGUGGGUAAGUGUUUCACGGAGAUUUCUAAUGUUAAUUAAGCUCAGAGGAACUGACCGGUAUCCAGAACUAYCACAGGUGCAGCAAGCCACAGUUCCGAGAACCUCGACCGUGGUUCUAUCAUCCCUCCGUUUGACUUCUAAUUCUGUGUUUCAUCACUGUGUAGUUAUUUUAAAUGUGAAUAGAGAARAAAAUGUCAUUGCCUAUUUUUGAAGAAUACAUUAGCAUCUAGUCCCACUAUACACAUUUGCCUCUAUACACCGUAGACCUUCUGUAGAGAACACAGAUAGAAUAUAAAUGAAAAUCUUAAAUUAUUUCAUUGUAGUUAAUUCCCACUCUAGGAAUGCUUUAUCAUAGUGGAGCCUUCUUUUGAAAAGAAACGGAAUUCCCUGUAAGGCUUCUCUUGGGAUGUAUAUGAGUGUGUACAUACUAUAUGUGUUUAUAAUAUAAUAUUUUCCCAAAUGACUUCUUGUCUCACUUCACCUUCCACARCCUGAGUGCUGGACCCGUUCCCUCCCUCCCUCCUGCCCCUCCCUGCCAUUUGUGGCCACGUUGCCCUGGCCCAAGGCUGCCCACUUUCUGGAUCCCACAUUUUGGCARCAGAUGGAAGAGCAGCAGUGGGGUUUUAAGGAUUUCCUGUCAAAUAAAGGAGAGUGGUGGCUAAUGUGUUCACGUGCCUGUGUCAGGCUCUGGUCCUUUCUUGGCCGACAGUGUUCCUGCUCCCAUUUGAAAGCUUACUAACGCUGGGUCUGGAGGAAGCAGGGGCCAGGAGCCAGUGUUAGAAAUGAACAGUACGGAAAGGGGGUUGGAACUUCCUGUCUACGUUCCACCCUCUAGAGAGAGGGUGACAUGAGUAGCCACCACUGCAGAGUCCACGUGACCUUUCUGUUGGAGUAGAAACUCCCGAGGUGAGAGCCAGCUGGGGGUGCCCAGGAGCAGCCCAUGGCAUGGGGAUCUAGACAGCACCUGGGCAGUGCUGCAGCUUGGCUUUGUGGUCACUGACCUGUGAAGUGUGAGGCACAGACCUGGCAGGAUUUCUUCAGCAGCCAGGGGUCCCUGCAGGGGAAGGGGCUACGAUUCUGACCAGGAUGAACAGACCUCAGGUGCUGCGGGGAGAAGAGAGGAGGGUACCAAGCCCAGCACCCCAGUAAUGGCCCCAGGAGAUGAGCAGUUCAAGAGGGAGGAACGGAUUCAUGAGCCUUUGCUCUCUCAAAUGGUGCACUGUCCUGUUUCCUAGUCGGGACACGCAGUGUUUAUGUAGCCCGGAAAGGUAGAAGAGAGUGAGCUCUUUUUUCCAGGGCUGGGGGUGGAACCCAAGACCAUGCACAUGGUCCACACACUGAGCUACACCCCCAGCUAGAGUCACUCUUGCCUGUAGUCCCUACCUGGGCACAUUCUCUGCAGGCCAGUCUGGCCAAACGGCCUCUUGCAGCUCAAGUACAGGUCCACGCACRAGAGCUCCCUUUGCCACGAUUCCUCCCAGCCUGAUGAGGUCRAUUAGAGGCGUCCUCUGCCUUGUGGCGUGGACACCAGGCUUGCCACCCUGUGACAUCUACACCAAGAUGUAACUUCACUGGAAGAAUGUGGUCUGCUGAGAAAGAGCUUUGGUCGGUGGACAGACAAAUCCCCCUGGCCCUGCCUUCUCCCCAGAGGGUGCAGGCAGCCUUAGGCAGCCACCAGCCCUCGGGCUCGUCCCUCACCUGUGGACCUGGMAGGGUGCAGAGAGGUUUCCACCUGGCCUGGGGGACGCCAGCUCACACCUGGCAGGGAUGAAGCCCAGGGAUCGGGAGCGUUUGUUAGGAACAGAAAUGAAGUCAGCACACACCUGGACACCCAGCCCCAGCUGGCACUGUGUCCUCACACCCCUUGUCCUGGGAGGUGGCAGUGGUGCAGGAGAGAGGAACUGGGCCUGCGUGCAGGGGACAGUGCACUCAGCCCCCACUUGUCAGAACGUUGCUCGUUUUCCUGGUGGUCAUCUCCAGAGGAGGGGGCCGAGCAUUGCCCCAUGCCAUGACUUACGCUGCCCCGGGUCAAGGCCACCCUUCUCCCUCCUGUGCCCUUCUGGUGGCAUGGGCUGGUCCUCACCUUGGUGCCCUUUUCUUCUCCUCAAGGAUCAGGGCUUGCUGGAGGCACCCUGCGCUGGCUGAGUGUGGCCUGAGGCUCUGCCACCCUGUCCCCACCAGACAGGCUCGUGAGGUUGAUUGGAGGGCAAGUGUCCAGCUCACUGAAGCACCCACCUUCCCCGCCAAGGCCCAGGUCAACACUGUGUCUGAAUUUGGUGAAAGGGGACCUGCGCAGCCCCCUGCCUGAGCUGUGUCCUAGGUGCCAGGGCCCUUAGAGUGUUCUGGGAGGAAMCCGGAGGGGGCAGUCUGCACCCCUGCCUGGGCACGUCCAGCCUGGCCUCAGUGGCGCUUCUCCCCAGCAGAGGUGUGACUGGCCUCCUCGUGGCUUCCCCACCCAUCUGCUCUGCCCCCAYCCCUCUCCCUGACAAGGUCACCGAGACUUUUCUAGAACUCCCCUGAGUUGUAUUUAUGGCCUCCARGCAAACAGAUUGGAAAGCAGUCAGGAAGGAACGGAAUAGAAGUGUGCUGGAGACACCUCYUUCCUUCAGGGGGACAGGAUUCAUCUCCAGCUGCCUCCUGGGACUCGGGUUGUUCACGCCCUGAAGUCACAUCUGAGGUGACURCCACCCUCCUCCCUCACCCGGAAGCUAAGCCAGGGCCCAGGCCUCAGGCAUCCUUCAAGCCCAUCACCCGGGUCCCUGAGCGGCCCACCAGGCCUGGCCUGCUCGCCCAGGUGUGGUGCUGGCAGACGGCAGGGCAGGGGACUCCUGGACCCUGCCGCACCUCUGAUUGGCACUCUCUUCUGCUGGCGCCCUGCCUGGUGGGUCCUCGCCACUCAAGCACCUAAAUUAGGUUGUUUUCAGCCCAAAUGUUAAAACUCCUUCCAGUUCUGCAGAGGAGGGAGGGGCCCAGCACCUUGGGGUAGAUGAGCUGCCAGGCAGCAGCCCUCAGACUGUCCAUCACUGCCAGGAGGUAACCCUGGACCCGAGGCGUCCCUGACUGGAGAAACCGGGCAUCAGGGCCCAUGUCCGACUUCAUGGGGAAAGAUGACAUUUAACAACUUAGACCUUAGUGCUUCAGACCAGAAGUACCCCCCCCCUUAGGAAAGCAACCCUGCCCCAAAUUUUUAAAAAAUAUUAACAGAUUCCCUACGUACGUUGUAAAUCUGCUGCUGUUUAAACGUGGGUCUGCAUCCUGUGUCGGGUUGACAUUAGAGGUCAUUAUUCUCCAUGGAUCAUUCUGGAAAGGGAUUCUGUGAAACAAGUCUUUACCUGAAGGGUUUUAAAGCUGGUUUAGGAGCAUUGGUGUCUCAGUGCAGUGACCUCCCACCUGCAGCAGCACAGCAGGGGGACCUUGGGAAGCCUGCCCUCCCUCCCGUGUUCCAUCACCAGGUGUUUUUGGUUUGGGGUUUGCCCCUGUCGGGGGGCCUCCUCCCACCCAGUGCCUGGGCCUAGGGGUGGGCACCCAGCACUCAGCUGCUGUGGGUCCACAGCAGGCGCCUCCCCACGUGAGAGCCCGGCUGGCUCAGGGCUGUUUGUCUGGGGGCCUGUUUGUGGGGUGCACUGGGAGUGUCGGGUGCAGGUGGACGAAGGACCAAGAGGUGGGAGACACAACGGGGAGAGCAGAGCCCUGAACACACSAGCAGCUGGCAGCAGCACCCGGGGCCCGUUAUACCCUGUCACCCAGUGCCGGGUGGCACCCACACUAGCCCUGGGAGCAGCUGCUAGAGUCAACUGUAGAUCUCUUAGAAGACCUGUGCCCACCAAGGGUGCCCACUCAGAGUGGGCUCCAGGAAGCAGCCCCGGGCCCUCCCCCCGCUGUGUAGUACCAGCUCAUGGAGGUCUUGGCAGGCCUCGUGCAGAGACGCUGGCUGGGCAGCCAGCUGCCCUCAGCCGAGGAGCCAGUGAAAAUGUCUGUGCAGCAUGCCAGGUCGUCACCAGGGUCGGGAGCSGAGGGGACCAAGGGGCCGAGAGUGAGGGCCAGUCCAGGCAGCCAGCACUCACGCCCUGCCCACCUCCCCCAGGGCCGCUGCAGCGUUCUCUCCAGGACCCUCAGGGGCACGCGGGGAGCUGGAGCAGGUCCGGGCUGCCCCAGAUGGCCAGGAGGUGAUGUAGAAAUGCUCCAUAGUGUUGGGGGGGGACCUUAACGUGCGCAAGAGUCCCAAAGCACUGCCCCCUCGGCCAGGCCUGCGAGGGGAGAGCCAAAGGCGGCCACAGCCACCCCCGUGGACGGCCCCUCUGCCCCACCGGCCUGCCUUGGUCCUCAUCUUGCGUGGGAGCCUGUUUCUGAAAGGGGGCUGGAACAGAUCAGAGGUGACACAGAGGCACGUCAUCUGGGGUGGACAGGGAAGGCCGCACCUCGGCCCACCUUGCAGCACGUUUCUGUUUCUGUAAAUAGCCAUGUACAGAAGAUGGAAGGGCAGCCGGGUCCAUCCAGAGACAGGGGUCACUUGGGUUGUUUUUAUAUUACCUCAUUCGGCAACUCCAUGUUUCACGACGGCUCAAUGACGCUUUAUUUAUGUUGUUUGUACUGUAAUUAAAACCAUGGACAGACAGUUCACUCUGCUUGUUAUUUCAUAUGACCUCAUUUGGAUUAAAUAUGCCCRUUUGUA